UCUUAGCCGCUUUCAGCUCCAAGUCCCUGCAUGCCUGCUCUAUCCUAACGCCAGCAGAAGCGAGUAAUAGCGAGAGGGAGAGAGAAGAGAAGCUUCCUUCAAUAUGCGCAGCGGCGUCUCCUUGACCCUUGCUCUCUCCGCAUGCCUAUCUAUACUAGCAGCCGCCCUCCCGCAGCCGGCUCUUGUCCUCCGGGCUGCGGCAGUCGACGAUCACCACAAGCCCAAGUAUUCCGUCGUCCCGCUUGAACCUGGUCCAGACCAGCCCGGCGGAGGAGGAGGAGGAAAUAAUGGAGGCGGCGGAGGGGGAGGUGGUGGAAGCGGCGGCGGUGAUGGCACGGUCACGGUGAUUGAGACCCUCGUCAAGACCAAGACUCCUGCUACGACGGUCACCGAGGUUGUCAAGGGCUCGACUGUUACCCGCACGGUCCCAACGACGGUGUCCAUCGUUAACAUUACGGCAGAUCACAAGGUCUACGACGACGAGAGUUGCGACUCGAUCGAGCCAGGCCUCAAGCAAAGCUACUACCUCGAAGGGGACUGCCAGCUCAAAGACAGCUACUUCAACCAAGGCAUCGACUGCUGCAUCUACCACAGCAUUGUCAACACCAUUCCCGCAAAGUACCACUCAUCACGUCACCUCAUCGGUGCCGCCAGCAAAGAGUACAGUCGAUACAACUAUCACAUCAACCGGUUCUCCAACCCCAACUGCCUCGCCGCAGUCCAGCUCUACUGCGUCGUCUUCCUGGGCGGUCACAACAGAAUUGUCGAGCACUGCCUCUACCUUGACCACCGUCUAUACUUCUUCACCGUCCACCACCCACGACAAUGGCCAGUGGCACACUACAUAUCCUCCCUGGAACGGGACGGACUUGCACCACUAUCGCCCGUACCGUAG